AUUCAAAUUUCAUAGUAACACAGGACUGUCGGUUGAUGACUGUGUGGCACUUCCGUUUACUUUCAAAUCCCAAUAAGAAUCAUAAGAAUACAUACAUAAUUUCAUUUUACUACUCGGCAUCUGCACUUAAACAGUCAAGAUGCUUUGUUGCUUGUCUCUGCAAAACGUUGGACUGGGCGUAAUAGCCGGCUUCGCUCUGAUGUUAAUAUCACAUUUCGUGAAACGCAAGAGCAGACCGUCACUGAACGGAAAUCAUAUUUUGAUCACGGGAGGCUCGCUUGGAAUAGGAAGAAGUUUUGCCAUAGAAGCUGCAAAACGAGGUGCAAACAUCACUCUAGUUGCCAGAAACAUGAAUAAUCUACAAGCUGCUGCUACUGACGUACAAAAGGCUGUAAAAGGACCUGAUCAAAAGGUUGCCUGUCUCUCAAUGGAUUUGAGUGGGAACUUUGAAGAGAUACAGAAAAAUAUAAAAUCUGCAGAGGAAGAAAACGGACCUAUUUUCAUGCUUGUGAAUUGUGCUGGGACUUCUCUCUGUGGGAAACUUGAAGACCUGAAGGAUGAUGAUAUUAAGUAUGUCACAAACUUGAAUGUGUUGGGCACAAUUCUACCUACAAAAGCGGUGAUCACUGGUAUGAAGGAGAGAGGCGAAGGAAAAGUGAUCGUUGUCGCCUCCCAAGCAGCUUUGAUUGGAGUGUAUGGCUUUUGCGGAUACAGCGCAACUAAGUUUGCAGUCAGAGGAUUUGCAGAGGCUCUCCGCAUGGAGGCGAAACCGUACGGCGUUACUGUCACUUUGGCUCUCCCUCCAGACACAGACACACCUGGUUUUGCCGAAGAACAGAAACAUAAGCCUGAGGAAUGCCGUCUAGUGUCUGAGGAGGCUGGAUUUUCAACGCCUGAAGUUGUGGCUACUAAAAUGCUUGAUGAUGCUUUGGAUGGAAAAUUCUACAGCACUGUUGGUUUGGAAUGUGCGCUAGCCUCGUAUAUUUGUGCUGGAUUCACUCCACCAUUCACUGCACUUGAGGCUUUCCUUCAGUUCUUCUCCAUUGGGUUUCUCCGUCUCUUUGCUGUUUACAUACUUGACAAAAUGGAUAGGAUUGUUACCGACUGCAAAAACAAAAAAGAAAAGCUAAAGUGAUUUUGCUGCAUUUUUCACUUAUACUGCCACCACGAAUGUGUCCUUCAUUCAGUCAGUUUUGUGGCAAUGUCAAUGCUGGUACAUUUCCAAAAGCAGCAAUACUUUAAAUUCACAAAAAAUAAAUUCAUAAAUAUAAGAUAACAAUACCUUAAAACACUCAACUACUUUCUGUUAGCUUUUUGAUAAUAAUAAAACUAAUUGAGGGAUAACAAAACCAUUAUCUCAUGAUGUAAAAAUCCUUAUCCUCUUUGUCUAUUAUCCAAUUAUGUUUUGUUAUCUUUUUUUUAUUAAUUUCACUAAUCACUAGAAUUGCAUAAUUCAGUCUCAGAUUUCAUUUCACUGCGUUACACUUAAGCCGUUAGUCAGAAUUUGAUGGCGAAUAGUGAAUUGAACAAAAAAUGUUAAGUUUUGUUAAAAUUUCUAACAGAAAUUUAGUUUGUAGUCGAUGAUGUUACCACUUUUCGCUGCUCACUUCAAAGGGUGCAAGUAAAAACUAGUUCUUCACAAGUCAAGAGUCAAGUGCAUUUAAUAGAGACCUAAAUAUAUAAAUAAUCCUUUCAAAAGUUUUGAAAGCACUGGUUUUUAAUUUGAACUUUUUAAUGUCAUGACCGGUCGUGGCUCAAAAAUUAUUGGUCAUUGUGUUCAGACGAGGAAUUAAAUAUUGACGAUGGAAAUCGUUGAAGAUGAAUCUACAAAAUGUAUUUAUCUGUCCAUGAGCGUUGAGACUUGAGACAUAUGUUCUGCGAUACAGCAAUUAGCUCUCAAGACUAUUUUUUGUUUCUGAUAAAUUUAAUGUGAUUUUCUCGGUAUCUAUCUAUUUAUUAUUAUCUUGUUGGAAAAUGACGCGUGUAUUGUCAAACAAACAAUUCUAAAGCUAUUAAAAAUGCUGCGUUGCAAAAAUCUAAAUUUCAGUAGAGUUCAAUAAAAUAUAAAUACAUUUUAUAAUAAUUAA